GGGCUCCAGAGGCUCCUUUGUCCAACCAUCCCUCCACUGCUCUCCCAUGCCAGAAUGAGGGACCUCUAAGAGAUGGGAAGUUCUGCUUGUCUUCUCAGCACGGGCCCUUCUGCUAUAACCUUUGUGCAGAGAAAAGAAAAGGAGGGAGCUGCCUGGGCAGGGGACUAGCCUUCUUCUGACCCCGGCCAGCUCUCGGACCAAGUUGCUGCAUCUUCCUAGAGAUCGUCCAGAAGAGAACGGGUUAAGCUACCCAGGCCGGCCAAGUCCCAAAGAGGAACCUGUGGGUUCCCACCAAGAGCUGCCCGCCUGCCUCUCCCAGCCAGCCUGUGCUCCCGCCCAGCACAGCCCUGGUUAAAGUUGGGUUAACUCCAGCGUGGGCCAAGCCUGUGGUUUUUCUCCUUUCCUGAGCCUUUGUGUAUCUACUAAUGAUUAAUCCCUGCAGCCAUUUUUCCAGUGACAAAGAGGGAGGGCAGGCCAAGGCUGCCCAGGGGAGCCAGGGGACCCCACCCCUUAGGUUUCGGCAUCCCCUCCCUACUCCAAGAGCCCCAUCGUUCACCUUUCCCGUAGGCGGCCAGUGAAGGGGAAGGCAGGGACACGACACGUUAGGACAACUGUCAGAGCUGGCUCUGGGAGCCUGGAAGCAGAUCCCUGGAGAGAGGAGGCAGCCAGGCGGAGCCUGGGCAGGCGGGCACCGAGCUCAGGUAGCCCCCUGCCCAUGAUGUACGAGAAAAGGUCUUACACAGGCUAUGGCCACCCCAGUUCCCGCUAUGACUACCCACCUCCCUCGGGCCCUCCUGGCUCCUUCUACCUGGCAGAUGUCCCUCCCCAGCAUUUCUACCACUGGCGCUCCCCUCCAGGUAUUGUCCGCAUCCUGCAGGGAUUUGUGGUCAUCCUGUGUUUGGUUAUUUUUGCCUGUGUGGCCUCCACCUUAGCCUGGGACUACUACGGCAGUGGCAGCGGCCUCCUGGGCUACGGGGGUGGCCUGGGAAGCUACUACAAUGGCUACUACGGUGGCUACGGCGGCUAUGGCGGCUAUUAUGGUGGCCUGACCAACCCCCGGGCGGCCACCGGUUUCAUGAUCGCCAUGGCCGUGCUCUGCUUCCUGGUGACCCUCGGGCUGGUCAUAGCUGGUCUGUCCAAAGCGUCAAGUGCUCGCUCUCGCCGCUUCUACCUGCUGGUCACCGUGCUCAGCGGCCUGCUAGCGUUUGUGAUGCUCAUCGCUUCCAUUGUCUACGUGGUCGGGGUGAACCCCCGGGCAGGGCUGGGGUCCAGCUCUGGGAGUCUCUACUACAACCAAAUGUUGAUCCUCUGCAACCAAAUGAUGUCGCCAGUGGCAGGGGGCAUUGUGAACCAGUACCUCUACCACUACUGCAUGGUGGACCCCCAAGAGGCCGUGGCCAUAGUCUGUGGCUUCCUCACCGUGGUCCUCUUCUGUGUCAUCUGUUACUUCGCCCAGAAGACCCGUCCCAAGAUAUGGAAGUAUGGGAAGCCCAAAAACUUCUGGAGGAGUGGGUAAGCAAGCUGCGGGGGGAGCAGUGGAGAGGAGUGGGUGAAGAAUGUAUCGGGUGAUGCCGGCAUUCAGGAUGAGACUGCCACGUUGGCAUACUCAGAGAAGCCCACCAGUCCCUUGACCAGUGCUUUCCUGCCAGCCCAGGAGAACGGCUAUGGCCACCCAACCCCUUCCAGCCCCAGUCCCCCACCUCCUACAGGGCCCAAUCCUCCAGAAGAAAAAGACAAAGGGCCCGUGAGUCAGCCCCCCGCCAGGCGGGGCCAGCGCCAAAGAGUUGGUCCAACAGGCCUGGAGGAAGCGCAGUACGAGACAGAUUAUACCACAGCCGCAGAAUCCAGUGAAGAGCGGAACCCGGAUGACUGGGCCAGCCUCUAUCCACCUAUCAUCUCCGAUGCCAUCCGCCAGACGUACAAGGCAGAGUUCAACAGUGACCUUCAGCGGUACAAAGCCCUGUGCUCAGAGAUGGACGACGUUGGAGUUCAGCUCAGGCAGCUUAGUCACGAGCUGGACUGCCUCCCGGAAGGCAGCUUACGCUACCAGGGUGUUGCAGAGGAGUACAACCGGCUGAAGGACUUGAAGAGGAGUCCAGAAUACCAAAGCAAGAAAUUGGAGACCCAGAGCCUUCGAGACAAGCUUUGCCAUAUCAAGCGCAUGGUUGGGGCCUACGAUCAGGUCCGAAACUAAAGAGGAGGAGAGUCAGGCCCUCUGGAAACUGGGUUCGCAGGCCCUUGGUCUAGGAACCGUCUCUUUACGCGCCAUGGGAAAGAUUGGGUGCCAUGGAUCUUGCCCUCCCCACCCUGCGUAGUGGGGAGCUAGCCUCCCCAAGUUUUCCUAUGAACUGCUCUGCUGCGCCAGGAGCCACAGUCCCCCAGUGCCCAGGAGAGAGGCAAUGGCAGCCAGGAAGGGUGGCCCCAGCCCUGAGGAAGGUUGAGGGUGGGACGGGGAGGUUUAGCAGCCUGACACUGAUGUAUACACCAAUAAAGUCUGCUCUGCUCUGUG